AAAGUCGAAUACAUUUUUAGAAAUUUAAUUGAAAACUAACAAAACAAUUAAAUGUUAAAUGAAGUUAUUAAAAUGUGCUUAGUGAUAAAAUAGAAUAUGUGAGCGCCGAUUUUAAUGCUUAUCCAAAGUUCUGAGUCGUUGAAACGCAGGCUAAAGUGAAGCAGCAAAAACAGUACAUAAAGGAGUGGCAAGCGCGAAAAAAAGGAAUCAAGUUUUUAAUCAAAGCAACUGAUAAUUCUGUGUGUUUGUGUGCUGUACAGCUUUCUAGAUAUCGUUCCGCGUAUUCAAUCGUGUAAAAAAUACAUUUAAUAAUAUUCAAACAACGCCCAAGGAGUAGCAGUAGCUACAACAACAAUAAUAAAAUCAGUAACAGAGGCAAAAAAAAAACUGCUUUUUGUUGAUUAAUUCCUGAAUUAGCAUCUUUGAAAGAGCUGCCCUUGUGGAGAAAGCCUAGUUUAAUUAAAAAAAAAACAACAACCAUCAUUCCAGCUAAGUGAAUAUGUUUUUUGCUGGCAUAAAACCAUAAGAUCUCAACAAAGCUGUGUGGAAAAAAAACCACAUUUUUCUUGUGAAACCUUCUCACGCAUACACGCAUAUAUACACAUACAGGGAAACCCACGGUUGUAACUUAAGCACGACGAAUCAUGUCCAGCUGGGCUGAACGCGUUCACCGACGCGCCGCCGAUCUUGGCAACGCGGUGACCUCUUGCGGUCAUCCGGCUACUGCUCCCGCUUAUCCUUAUCGCCUGGAGAAGGUGAAAUUCGGGGUAUCCCUGGAGGAGGUUUGUAAACAUAACAACAACAUUCCAGCCCCGCUUCUCGUGCUCAUCUUGAAGCUCAACAAAGAGUCGCCGAACCGCCGCGACGUAUUUAGGGCUCCCGGUCAUCAGGGGGCCAUGAAGAAGCUCAUCCACUUCCUCCAGGCGGGUCGACUGGUCAAUGUCGACAACUAUUCGGUGUUUACCAUUGCCAGUGUUUUAAAGAAAUUUCUGCGCAAGAUUCCAAAUGGUAUCUUUGGUCGCAGCGGAGAGAUGGAGCUCUUUGCCAUCAACGAGCUGCUGAGCGAAGCCGAGCAGACGGAACGUUUACACAGACUCUUCAGUUCUCUGCCAAAAUACACACAACAUCUUUUGGUUUUACUGUUUGGCACAUUCCGAGUCAUCGCAAGCAAUGCGGCACAUGCAUCCACUGGAAUGACCAGCGAGGCUCUGGGCGUCUCAGUGGCCCCCAGUUUUUUUCAGUCCUGUGUCAGCGACGGUAAGACAGCCCGUAUGGAGGAUGUCCUCAAGUUCAAGGUUGCCACAAAGAUCAUGCAAAAUAUAAUAGAUAAAUUUGCCACGCACGAUAUAUUUGGCAGAGAAAACUAUGAAUAUUAUGCUCGCGUGACGGGACGCAUUCUAAAAGUGCAGGAUGAGUGGAUAUGCAGCUUUCAGUACCCUCCCCCCCCUCGUGGAAAGUUGGCACAACAAAAAUACGCAUUACAACACUCUCUUGAGGCGGAGAAGACAUGGCUGCAAUGCCAGUGCGAGCGUUGGGGCUUACUGGCCCAGGAGGAGUCCCGUUCGACACCCGCUCUGCUGACCAGCUCCAGUUCGGCCCUGGAGAACAGCGUCCUUUCUCUGGGCGUCUCCCCAGAGCACUCGUUCAUAGAGAGCUGCGCCCGUCUCUCCGUUUCGUUGGAGGGUCCCGGAAUCUUUGCCAUGACCUCGUCUCCUCUGCCAACCAAGCGCCAGGACCAUGGCAACGGUAAUCGAAUAGCCAACGGCAAUGCCACAGACUAUGAUGACUAUGCCGACGAUGACGAGGACAAUGAUGAAUUAGACGGGUCUCACGAAUUUCCCGCCGAACUGGAACUGAGCUGCAUUGAAAGAGCUCCUCCAAUGAAAGAGCUGCGGGCCAUCUAUCGCCAAAAGCAUCGCCAGGCCACAAAAAACUACCAUCAACAGCUGCAAGACGAUGAGGACGACGAUGACGAGGACGAUGACGAGAUGGCCGUUGUAAAACGUCGCUAUCGACAGAACAAGAAAAAGCCGGUGCCAAGCAGCAGCAGUAGCCACUACCAAAGACGCCUCCGCACCGGAACCAAGAGCCUCGACGGCAGCGGCGAGCGACGCACCGCUGGGUGCUCCUUUACUGCAGCUGUGCCCGAAGCCUCUGCCAUUUCCGGGGGAAUUUCAACGCCGCCCAAGCUCAAACAACGUACUUGUAGCCGCUGUAAUCGCGGAAUACGCCACAGCAGCUCCUGCAGCUCAAACUCAGCCGGACCAGCCAGCUCAAGUGCAGAAGCAGCAUCGGGCACCGCAUGCGACGGGGGGAACAACGGCAUGACCAUGGAUGAACUAAGGGCCGUCAACCGCUAUGCAGAGAGCACGAAGAGCCUCUCGUAUCUGCCACAGGUCCAUGAACGCCAAACCGCUAGAAUGCGCACUCGCUCAGAGUGGUUCCUAGGUCCUCGGGAUGCGGUUGUCUCACUUCAGAUGCCAGCGGACACGUGCAGCGACUGCUGCCUUGCCGCUGUUGCUGGUUACUUAGGUGGUGGCAGCACGCGGGACAUGCGCCAGGCCUAUGCGGAAGGUGACCAGAACAAGGCGACAUUGCUCUACGACUUAUAUCGUAGGCAGCAUGAACCCCGACAGGAACUACGCUGGAGCGACAUGAUGGACACCGAAGAUAGCUACAGCCAUCAAAAAGAGCAGCAGCGGCUACAACAGAUACAUUCCAAAGGCCUUCUGAGGCCCCCUCAACAUCAUCUGCAUCCUCAACAGCAACAGCCGCGACGACUGCUAGUUGAUGUCAAUUCGGUUGGCAACAUCCGUUUGAGUAACAGCGCCGAGUCCAUACAGUAUGCCUCCCGUCGGUCCCAUGCCACCAACGUUAAUUCCAGUCUUGGAGGUCAGCUCAUUCCCACACGGCGUCUGCUCAUUAAUGUACCACGCCAGUACCGAUCCUCGCUGCGGCGAAACAAGGAAAAGCAAAUUGGCGGAUAUAGCCAGAGCAACAGUAGCAAUAGCCUGGGCAGUGAAAAGAUGACCGCCGGAGCUCGUCCAGGAAUAUCGGCCAGUGCUAAUCAAGCACUGAACAUGCCGCCGCUACUGAUGGUAGGUCUUUUGCAGGCCGCCGAGCAGCCGUCGUCGGUGCACAAUUCUAUGGCAGAGUGUGGCGGCCGUGAUGGAAACGGCUUCAGGAUGGACACACUCGAGCACCAGCUGGCUGUCGAGUGCAGCACUACACUAAGCUUCAAACCACCUCGGCUGUAACGGGAACAGAUACAUGAUAAGAAUCAAGAGGAUAAGGCACCAUACCUCUUCAACUGCGUCAACUAGGCUUAGGUCUAACGAUUUUAUAUUGAAACUUAAUUAGGAAAUACAAAUUUUUGGUAUAUAUGCAUGUAUGUUUGUAUGUAUGUAUACUUCCAAGAUAAAAAUAUGUAUAUGUACAGGCAUUCAUGUUGUAUAUACAUAUGUAGAUAAUUAUAAUGAUAAAUUUAAAUAUAUGUAUUGUAUAUGCAAGAAAAGGCUGAUUUUCUUUAGUUAAACAACCCAACAAAAGUGGAAGUAAAACCAAUAUGAUACUAAAACUAAAUGCAUUGUAAAAAUGUUUAAAAAUGUAGUCGCUUAUUUUGUUUGUAAAUUUGUUGAUUCGUUUUUGAUAUUUUGGUAUUACCAAAAAAAAAUUCACUGAAACAUUUUCAGAGUGAAAACAAACGAACACUUCUUACCUGAUCGCAUACCGAAAGAACGAUGCAUAAAGCAUGUCUAAACUAUUCGUAUGUAUCAUCUGAACAAUCUAGCCAAUCGAUUUCGUAAAUGACUCUUCUAACAGAAUAUGUUUCCAACAUUAUUAUGUCUAAGCUCUUAAAAUCGAAUUAAAUCAAUUGAAGCAGUUUAAACUAAAUCAAAGCCCAGUUCACCGACACACACUCAUUUUUGAAUUUAAAGAGCAAAACAAACCAAUCGAAUAUAUAUUUUACCUUUACUAUAAUUAUAUUCAUAGCAACAUACAUAUGUUAGCAUUUAAAUCUGACUAAGCGAUUUUAUAUUAUAUUUCCAACUCCUUAAUGAGAAAAAUGU